AUGGUGAACUUGUACUCUUCUGGAACGGGGAAAACAUGGAAAAACACCGGGGAAACGUGGAGGCCAGAGAUGGAGACCGUGAGUAGCAAUGUCGAGAACCUGUUUGUUGUCUCCCUCGCGCGCCCAAAGCAAGUGUGGAUGGCCCUGAAGUCAGAUCAGAUCGUUGGAGAAACCGAUCGCUUGAUCGGCAGCUUGUCGACCCAAGAGAAGGGCUUGUGGAGGAACAUCUUCAGGCAGUUGCAUGGUGUGUUUGCGGUUGUGGUUUGGGGGAAGCUGUUUGGAAGGAAGAAACAGUUGAAAGAGAAGCAGUUCGACCAGCGCUUUCGCCAAGGGGCUGCGAAGGAGUUCGAUUGCAAUUGA